CCUACUUUCUCUCCUCCUCACUCUCAUCAUCACCAUCAUCAUCAUCAUCACUCUUCCUUCUUCUCUUACUUCCUCCUUUAACCAAUAAACCCUUUUCACAACCGCCAAAAUGGUCAAGGUUCUUGCAGUUCUCUACGAUGGUGGCCAGCACGCCAAGGAUCAACCCCUCCUUCUCGGUACCACUGAGAACGAGCUCGGUAUCCGCAAGUGGCUCGAGGACCAAGGCCACACUCUCAUCACCACAUCUGACAAGGACGAUGAGGGUUCUACCUUCGACAAGGAGCUCGAGGAUGCUGAGAUCAUCAUCACCACUCCCUUCCACCCUGGUUACCUGACCGCUGAGCGUCUUGCUCGCGCCAAGAAGCUCAAGCUUGCUGUCACCGCUGGUAUCGGCUCUGACCACGUCGACCUCAACGCUGCCAACAAGACCAACGGUGGUAUCACCGUUGCUGAGGUCACUGGCUCCAACGUCGUCUCCGUUGCUGAGCACGUUCUCAUGACCAUCCUCGUCCUUAUCCGCAACUUCGUCCCUGCCCACGAGCAGAUUGAGGCCGGUGACUGGAACGUUGCCCAUGCUGCCAAGCAGGAGUUCGAUCUUGAGGGCAAGGUUGUCGGUACCGUAGCUGUCGGCCGCAUUGGUGAGCGUGUCCUCCGCCGCCUCAAGCCCUUCGACUGCAAGGAGCUCCUCUACUUCGACUACCAGCCCCUUUCUCCUGAGAAGGAGAAGGAGAUUGGCUGCCGCCGCGUCGAUACUCUCGAGGAGAUGCUCGCUCAGUGUGAUAUCGUCACCAUCAACUGCCCUCUCCACGAGAAGACCAAGGGUCUCUUCAACAAGGACCUCAUCGCCAAGAUGAAGAAGGGUUCUUACCUCGUCAACACUGCCCGUGGUGCCAUCGUUGUCAAGGAGGACGUUGCUGCCGCUCUCAAGUCUGGUCACCUCGCCGGUUACGGUGGUGAUGUCUGGGACCACCAGCCCGCUCCCAAGGACCACCCUCUGCGAACCGCCAAGAACAACUGGGGUGGCGGUAACGCCAUGGUUCCUCACAUGUCCGGUACCUCUCUGGACGCUCAGAUCCGAUAUGCCAACGGUACCAAGGCCAUCAUCGACUCUUACCUCUCUGGCCGCCACGACUACAAGCCUGAGGAUCUCAUCGUUCACCAGGGUGACUAUGCCACCAAGGCCUAUGGUCAGCGUGAGAAGAAAUAAAUGUAUUGAGAGAAUGGAAGAAAUGAUUUGUACAUGAUGAUGAAUAGUUUUACAACAACUGCAUUAUAGACGCGGGUCAAAAGCAAUCAGCGUUGCAGAUAAUACAAUUUGUUAAAGUUCUA